GAGUUCUACAAAGCAAUAGACAAUUGCAAUGAGGUAAUCUCUCGUGAUACAGAAAAUGUAAAGGCUCUCUAUCGUCGCGGAAAGUGUUACUUUGAAACAUGGGACCUGGACUUGGCUGAAGCUGAUCUCAAACGAGCGGCCAAGUUAUCACCAAGUUUGGCAGCCAUGGUACAGACUGACCUGGCAACGUUAGCCGAAAAAAAACGCAAUCGUGAAAUGGCUGAUAGACGCUUACUCGCUGGCAAGAUGUCAUUACAAAGCAGCAAUGGUUGA